AAAUUAAGCAUCGGCCAUAUUGGCUGAUGUAAAGGAUAAGCAUAGUCUUGGCUCCGUAUUUGAUGGCUUUGGUAAAACUGGACAUGCUGACAUUGCCCUCUAUAUGAACAAUGGUGUUGUGGUAAAGCUUCAGCUGACAGUAUUAUCAUUUACGUGCGUUAGAGGCUGAGUGGUAUAAGAAUGAAAGGGAAAGGUCAGUGGUGGUUGUAUUCUGUAAUAUUGACCUAAUCAUCCCUCUCUCUAAAAUAUACACCUGUUCUACUGUUAUAGGUUUGCAUAUAACUUUCUUUUCUCUUUAACCUCACAGUAAUGUGGUUGAGAAUGAUUUUUAGUUAUUCAUCUGUUUAGCAGCCACUGUUAUUCAAUGUGACUUACAGCAAAUGGAAGGUAUGCACUUUUUCAGAAUGCGUGCUUCCCUGAAAAUGAAUCUGUAACACUGUUGAUGGUACCUUGUUCUUUCAGCUGAGACAGAGGUGUAUUACUGUUGUUGUAGUGAACUACUAAAUGAUACAUCCAGUUAUCCACCGCAUUAUUUAGGCACACACUAAUGUAAAAGUUUUAGACCAUACUUGAAGUCAAAACUAUGUGGCCCAUAUUUUAUGCACACUUACUACCAGCUUAAUGUUGUAACAUUUGUAAUGUGUAUAUUUCAAAUGGAAGGAGAAAUUGAGUCUGCUUUAAAGAAGAGAAGAAAAAAAACGAGCGCAUACAGUGUGCAAGUGCAGUUCAUUCCCCCCAAAAAAUUGUAUAUGUAAAUAUGCAUUGUUGUUGGUUAAAACUCAGUAAAAAGUAGUUUUUUUACAUGGAUGUCUCAUCCUAUAAUAUAGAUAAUGCUCAUGGAAACAGAAAGUGGUUGAAUUUAAAUACUUUUAAAAUUAUAUUUGAGGACAUUAUGGAAUAGCACAUUGCAAUUUCAGCAGAGUACUCAGAGUGUCGCUAUUGACUAACGUAACGCUCUUAACUGAACCUCUCCACCCAUCAUUACAAUAAAUGUACUGGAAGAGCACUGAGUCAACUACACAAUGGCGUUCUGAUGGACAGACGAGCACAUAUUCUUUCCUGGAUAUAAUUUGUAUUUGUGCUUUGUAACUUAGAUUGGCCUAUUACUACAUGGGGAUAACACAACCAUUCAAUAUGAAGAUGGGAUUACGUUCAUUCUUAUCUCCAAGUGGAAUACUCUGGGUGGCUUUUUUUAUUUUCAGAUUUUGCGGCAGUUAUGGCGAUCUCAGUUAUUCUCUACCAGAAGAGAUGGAACGAGGAGCGGUGAUCGGAAAUAUAGGGAAGGAUCUCGGACUAGACUUAAAAGGAAUAUCACAGCGCAACGCUCGAAUUGAUUUGAAGGGCAGCCGCAAACGCUUUUGUGAAAUAAAUGCUCAGACUGGAGAUCUAGUGAUCGCUGAAAUUAUCGAUAGGGAAGAAUUAUGUGGUUCUAAGGCUUCGUGUCCUCUCAAAUACGAGUUAGUCUUAGAAAAUCCACUAGAACUGCACCGAAUUUUACUACAAAUUCAGGACGUAAAUGACAACUCACCUCGGUUUCCUAGCAAUGAAAUCAAACUGGAAAUCCGUGAAUCUGCUGUGAAAGGCGCACGCUUCCCCCUUGAUGAAGCUCAUGAUUCCGAUGUAGGAAGAAAUGGAAUCCAGACAUAUUUACUGGAGAAGAAUGAUCAUUUUACUUUAGCCGUGCAUUCUAAUCCAGAUGGAGGGAAAUAUAGUGAGUUAGUUUUAGACAAAGAGCUUGAUCGUGAACAGCAGCAGGAGCUGUCAUUAUUGCUAACUGCUGUAGACGGUGGUACUCCUCAGAGGUCCGGUACUGCUAUCAUACACGUCACUGUCUUAGAUGCCAAUGAUAAUUUACCAGUCUUCAGUCAACCAGUAUAUAAGGUCAGUUUGCCAGAAAAUGCAAUUGUAGGUACUGUGGUUGUUGUUGUGAGCGCCACAGACGCAGAUGAAGGAGCAAAUGGGCAGGUCACUUAUGACUUUAGUCGCAUAUCUGAUAAAGCAGCAAGACUCUUUUCUAUUGACAAGUUUACAGGACAAAUUAAGGUGACAGGACCAAUUGACUUUGAGGAGAAAACGGAUUACGAACUCAGAGUUCAGGCUAAGGAUGGUUCUGGUUUAGCCUCGAAUGCCAAAGUUAUCAUAGAUAUCAGUGAUGUAAAUGACAAUGCUCCAGUAAUUAAUGUUAAAUCAAUGAAAAAUCCAAUUCCUGAAAAUGCUGCACCUGGUACAGAGGUGGGCAUUAUUAAUGUGCAGGAUGAAGACUCAGAGGGAAACCGCCAAUUGCGUUGCACCAUUCAACAGGAUGUGCCCUUUAAGUUAAAUCCAUCUAUUGAAAACUACUAUUCCCUGGUUACAACAGGUGAAUUAGACCGUGAACAGAUCACAGGUUACAAUAUAACCUUCACAGCCACUGAUGAAGGCAAUCCACCACUAUCAUCAGCCAAAACUAUCCAGCUAUCUGUAUCUGAUAUAAAUGAUAAUCCACCUGUAUUUGAAGAGCAGUCUUAUAGCGCAUAUGUGACUGAGAAUAACAAGCCUGGCUCCUCUGUCUGUUCUGUUACUGCGAGAGACCCAGACUGGAGACAGAAUGGCACAGUGUUCUACUCUCUGUUGCCCAGUGAGGUCAAUGGUGUUCCGGUCUCCUCAUAUCUAUCCAUUAAUGGAGACACAGGGGUGAUCCAUGCUGUGAGGCCCUUUGACUAUGAGCAGUUUAGAAGCUUCAAAGUUCAGGUUGUAGCCAGAGACAAUGGUUCUCCUCCACUCAGCAGCAACGUGACUGUGAGUGUGUUCAUAACAGAUGAGAAUGAUAACUCUCCUCAGAUAUUAUACCCUACUCCAGAAGGAAACUCCUUCAUGACUGAGAUGGUUCCUAAAGCUGCUCUUUCUGGCUCGCUGGUCUCCAAAGUGAUCGCUGUUGAUGCUGACUCUGGGCAGAACGCGUGGCUGUCAUAUCAGAUCGUCAAGUCGACUGAUCCGGGACUUUUCAUUAUUGGUCUCCACAGUGGAGAGAUCAGGGCUCAGAGGGACAUUUCUGAAUCUGACAGCAUGAAGCAGAACCUUGUGAUCUCAGUGAAAGAUAACGGACAGCCCUCUCUCUCUACAACCUGUGCCGUAUAUUUACUCAUCUCUGAUAACUUGGCUGAAGUUCCUGAACUGAAAGACAUGUCAUAUGAGGAGAGCAAUUCUAAACUCACAUCUUAUCUGAUCAUUGCUCUGGUGUCUGUUUCUACCUUUUUCCUCACUUUCAUCAUUCUGAUCAUUUCUGUGAGGCUUUGCCGUAAGACAAAGCCCAGGCUGUUGUUUGAUGGAACAGUCGCCAUUCCCAGUGCAUAUUUACCUCCUCAUUAUGCAGAGGUUGAUGGAACUGGAACUCUCCGCAGCACUUACAACUAUGACGCCUAUAUGACCACAGGCUCCCGUACCAGUGAUUUCAAGUUUGUUCAAUCUUACAAUGACAACACACUGUCUGCUGGAAAUACACUACAGAAGAACCCGCAUGACAAUAGCGACUUCCUUGACUUCAUUGAUAAUGGAUCAAAGGUCUCCACUCUGGUAAAAACUGUUAUACACUCUUAAACACUCUCCUAAGUUACUUUCAUACAGUUUGUACAUCCUUAACUUUAAAAUAAUUGUUUCUAAAUACCUCAAGUCUGCAAUUGAAAGGUAUGUAGUAUGAUGGUAGUGAAUUUGGUGCCUUUCCCGUAUCAGUAAGGUUCAGCAUCGGUGAUCAUAAACUCUUCUCCCCAUGCUUUGGGCUCUUAUUUAUCUCACAUAGCUAAGUUUCACUAUGGCUAUAUGUCUAAUGAGCAUGCUCAGUGUACUCAAGCAGGCCAUGUCAGAUCAUUGGUGUUUUUAAUGAAAAUAAACCGUGUUGCUAGGCUAGAUUUCUCUUUGUGUACCUCAGCUUUUUUGGGUUUUCAACUAUUCUUCAAAGUCUUAUAAUUUAACAGGGCCAUUUUAUUAUUUCAAAUAUUUAACCCAUGGAGAAGAUGAGCCUAUGUGUUGACACAUGUAUGCCAUAAUGAGAUUGGAAGAUUUGUG